GACGCACAGAGCAGCUCAGAGAGACCGUGAGCUGCUGUCGACUGAGGAGCGUCUAAAGCUUUUCUGUUAUUUCAGUUCAAGGCAACAUAGAGCUAAUUGUUUCACGAUGUGUUCUUUCUGCAGCACCAAAUGUUGGUUCGUUUUCUUCAAUGGCAUCUUCUUGGCAUCUGGGGUCGCCCUCAUCACGAUCGGAGCUCUCCAGUACUCGACCUACUUGCAGAUCGGCACUUUUGCAGGGAGCAGCUUGUCCAAAAUCGCCAUCGUCCUCAUUGCCGUGGGCACCAUCAUCACCCUUGUGUCCCUUUUGGGACAUUGUGGGGCAUUCCUGAAUAAUUCUCCCAUGGUGUUUUGUUUCAUCUGCAUCCUGAUAAUCAUCGUCCUUUUGGAGAUAUUUACAGGAGCUGCUUUUUUUAUAUUUCGCAGCAGGACUGCCCUUGUGCAAAUGAACAGCAGGAUCAACACCCAAGUUCGGACCGCGGUCUACAAAUACAGCCCAAAGGACAGACACGCCAUCAACAGGAUGCAGGAAAAGUUCAGAUGCUGCGGCGCCGACACUUACACCGACUGGUCCAGAAGUGUGGGCUGGCGAAACCAUGAAGCUGUGCCAGAUUCCUGCUGCCCGGAGAAGAGAAAAGGCUGUGGACAUGACAAGAAAAAAGCUCACAGAAAGGGAUGUAUCUCAGCUUUAAAGCUCUUUCUGUUGAAGAAUCUGGUGUGGGUCGGCGGUGUUUGCAUUGCUCUUGGAAUCACAGAGGUGUUUGGCGUGGUAGUCGGAGUGUGCCUCUGCCUGGACAUUAAACGCAAAAAUUACGAGAAUGUCGACUAAUUCAUCAUCACAACCAUCUUUACACAUCAACAAACAAACUUGUUUGAUCAUAAUAUACAUUUUUGUUUUAUGUAAUUAUAUGCUCGAAACCUCUAGGUUUAAGCUCAAUAAAGAACCUAAAAAAAAUUUCGAUCCAUAUUCUAUGUUAAUUUUAAACUGUUUACCUGUUAGUUCUUUCUAAGAACAGAGCUCAAAUCAAUAGGUUGUACAGGUUAAAGGUUAUUGGCUCUUUGAAUUAAUCCAUUCAUAUGAUGAAUUAGCCUACUUAGCAAAACAAAGUCAGAGAUGGUGGGAGAUG